UCUGAUGUGUCUGAACAGGGUGCGUGGCUCUGGAGGACUGCACUGGGAUUUGCAAGGGUCAUCAGCUCCUUUAUUUUGCUUCUGGCAGCAUUGAGAUAAUGACUUUGUUAUCACCUGUCAUGUGAACAGAGCUUCUUGGGAUGGCCUGAGCUGGGAAGCUGACUGACACUGAUUUAAGAGCCUGUAACUUCUCACCAGAUACUGAAUGCAUCCAUCCAAAGAGAUGCCCUGUGUUUUGCCUUUGUUCUGUAGCAGCUGGAGUGUGAAAGGGGGCUCAGCCUGAAGAGCACGGACCUCUGUCAAGGGAAGAUGAUGUCCUGCUUUGGGGAUGGGCUUCCUGGCCAUGAGCUGUGGCCGGUGCUGGCUGAGCAGUCCUACCUUCCCUUCCCCUCCUGCCUCAGCCCUCUGUGAACAUACAGUGGCUUCUUCCAGGACACAACUACUGUUUCCACUUGCUUUGCUUCCAUAUAUAUUGCUGUUUAGCUGAAGCAUCUUUAUUUCAGCUUCAACAUUCAGGCUGUCCCAAGAUGUGCUGGACAGCUGCUACUUGACUUUGGGUAGCCCUUGUUGCAUAAUGGCACCAUGUCUGCCGCGUUCCAUCAAGUUCUGAUCAUAUCUCUUCAUACCACACAGCAGCAAUGCUACUUGCCAUAAAUACCUCCUGUCUGAGUGAGCCCAGGUGCAGUCAGCUGUGACUGCCUGGGGACAGCAGCAUAUAUGUGUGAGAUUACAUCAGAGCUGUUAUCACUUUUAUUUGGAUGAAAAUUUAUAGUGGUACCAUAAACGUCAGUCGUAAGGUCUGUGUUCUGAAGGCUGCUUGGUUUGCGGCCACGUAGCUUGAUUCUUCCCUGACCUUCCCUUUAAAGAGAUGGAAAGAACUAAUCAGCUGACUGCUGGAUAACAAAGAACAUUAAAGUAUAAAGGACAGGGCAGGGACAGUGUGCUCACAAAGAGACAGCUGUACUGGAGCCUGGCCUCAGCUUAAUGGAGCAGCUUUAGUGCAGCAGACAGCUUCCUGUCUCAUAAAUCCCAUCCAAUCCACUUCUGAACAACUCCUCAAAGCAACACUAAUUCUGAUCUCUGCUGGCAAAGAUUUAUCAGUUAAUUUGAUUCAACUAAGUUCAUUUAAUAAAUUGAAUCUGUAUUACUUAUUUCUUUUUUUCUCUUUUACAGGAGCAACAAUGGAUUGGCCCCAACAAAGAUGUAACGGGUGCUGUGAGAAGACAUCCCACCUGAAAUGGAGGUGAUCCAUGGAGCUGAAUGCUGACCCCAUCAACAUGGGGCUGCGGCUGCUGGCUUGUGUCUUUCAUCUGCCCACUGCAGUGAUCUACGGGUCCUUGUCGCUGUUUGUUUCCAUUUUGCACAAUGUAUUUCUCCUCUACUAUGUGGACACCUUUGUCUCCGUUUACAAGAUCGAUAAACUGUCCUUUUGGAUAGGAGAGACGGUGUUUCUGAUCUGGAACAGCCUCAAUGACCCUCUGUUUGGUUGGCUGAGCGACAGGGUGUUCCUUAGCACACAGCAGCUGUACAUUGAGAAACUCUCUGUUCCCCAGGAGAAGAGGAUCACCCUGGCAGAGUAUCUCCAGCAGCUCUCUCGGCAUCGCAACUUCCUCUGGUUUGUCUGCAUGAACCUAAUCCAGGUUUUUCACUGCCACUUUAACAGCAACUUUUUCCCUCUGUUCCUGGAGCACCUGCUAUCAGACCAGAUCUCUGUAUCUACUGGAUCCUUCCUCCUCGGUGUUUCCUACAUUGCACCCCAUCUCAACAACCUCUACUUCCUGUCCCUCUGCCGCCGCUGGGGGGUUUAUGCUGUAGUCAGAGGACUCUUCUUCCUGAAGCUGGCUCUCAGUGUUGUCAUGCUCCUGGCAGGACCCGAUCAGGUGUAUCUGCUCUGCAUCUUCAUAGCAAGCAACCGGGUGUUCACGGAAGGGACCUGUAAGCUGCUCAACCUGGUGGUGACUGACCUGGUGGAUGAGGAUCUUGUACUGAACCGCAGAAAGCAGGCGGCUUCAGCGCUGCUCUUUGGGAUGGUAGCUCUGGUCACCAAGCCAGGACAGACCUUCGCCCCCCUGAUAGGCACCUGGCUGCUCUGUGUGUACACAGGCUAUGACAUCUUCCAGCGUAACCCCUUGAGCAACGUGGUGAGUGCCCAGCCAAAGCUGGAAUCUGAUGCAGUCUUGGAGCCAGCUCUCCGCCAGGGCUGCUUUUACCUCCUCGUCUUUGUUCCCAUCACGUGUGCACUACUGCAGCUCCUCACUUGGUCUCAGUUCAGCUUGCAUGGGAAGCGUCUGCAGAUGGUGAAGGCUCAGCGCCAAGGCCUGAUGCAAGGCCGAGCACCGGAAAUCAAGAUGAUCUAGGGAUGUUUGUGCCCCUGGAAGUGCUUCUGGUUCCAGGCUGGUGUAGGACUGCUGGUAAAGCGAGGGGAUUGCUGGCUGGGAAAGCCCCCAUGUUUACAGUUUAACUGUGAAGUGCUGUGAUGCCAAUGUUUACUCAUCCCAGGAGGCGGCCACAGGGAAAGCAGAGGAGUGUUGAGCAUGUACUGGGCCUGUGAUAGAUCACUUGGCUACAGCAGUGAGAGCAUUCCAACCUUGCUGGUCUGAGAAAGCACAAUUCCCAGGCAGGGUUGCAGCACGUGCUAGAGAUGGUUGCACCCCUGGUGUGAUGCCCCUCAGGCAGAGCAGGAAAUGGGGAGCAACUGGAAGCUUUUCUUCUACUGCCCUGUGGUAUUUGGGAAUGGAAGGAGAGGUUUUCAGGGAUCAGGUGACAAAGGAGAAUUAACUUCAGGAGGAGGUGAGAUGGGAAGAUCCUGAAGGCCUUUCCCAGUAGCUGGUACGACCUUUCUCAUAUUCAGUGCUAUGGUUCUUGGACCAAAUCUGCUCUUAGACUUGUUUCUGGGAUAAUAUUCUGCACAAGAUACGCAGACACUCCAUCCUGUGUGGCCUUGUGCAGGGAGGUGCUGGGCUCAGAACCUGUAUGUCUCAUGACAUCUUGUUGCUGGUGUUCAUCCUUCCCCCUCCUUCAGCCCUUGUAGUCAGCGCUGUUACAGCAGUGCUUCCCACAUUAUCUGGUGGGUUCAGAUCAGGGAAGGAGCCUGUAACACAGCAGACAAAACGUGCCCCUCCCAGGACUGACCCUGUGUGAAGCAGCCCAGUGCCUUCCCUUCUUGCAGGGGGAGAGCACAGCCUGGAGGAGACAGCAGGUUAUGCUUUUGUGCCUUCUAUUCCACUGAGAAGCCUGUUUGACAUAAUGUGGGGCAGUAACAGGGCUGAGAUUUUACUUCAGGAGGAGAGAAACAUCCUCUUCUGUGCUUCAAAGAGCCCCGAAGGUCAGUUUUUCCUGGCUGCUGAGUGAUAGAGCUAAGGAGAGGGGGAAGUUUAGACUCUUCCUGUGGCUGGGAGCAGAUGGGGCAGAUGGUGCCCAAAGGCCUCAAAAUGAGGGAGUGUCUCCUCAGUCUUAGGGCUCCUCUGGGCAGGUAGAAGUGAUGUGCUGAAGUAGAAUGGGUAGAAGCCAGCAGCGCUCUGCCCUGUGCUUCCUGCAGGAGGUAGAGAUUUGCUCCCAUUUCUGCUGUUCUCCAUUUUGUCACCUCCCAGGCCUUUGUACCAGGUUCCCUCUGCAGAUGCAGCCCACAGCUCUGCUAUCUUGCCUCAGGACGUGGCUGCCUCCUGUCUUGGACCAAGACAUUUCUCUUGUGAGGCUCUUGUUGGUCUUACUGGUUCAAUCAUAAGUUAUUUGUGUAGAUUUUAACAAAGUUUGAGAAUGAUUAUUCAUUUCAUAAAUUAAACAUGACUUUUUUUCUGUA